CGGCGAGGUCGCGUGCGCCUCAUUCUCUCGCGCGAAGACUUUCGGACCAAUCACAAACAUCGAACGGGCAACGCGCGCCCUCUAGCGUCUAACAGCUUACUGUACAAUUUAACCGUCCAAUCAGGCGUUUUCUUUUCAAUGACGUGUAUUUUAUGCUGCGACACGUCAGGCAUGCGCCGUAUUCCAAAUAGCUCCUUUACUCCCUGUUAAAGUGCUUGACGUAUAGUGUAAAAUAAGGACUUUUUUAACAGCCUAGGCAGUGCACUAAUUUUCAAUACAGUGGUAUUUGGGAUUGAGCCACCUAGAAAUAAAUGUUCAGCUCUCCUUUUUCAUUCAUGCUGCCAAGAAAGUCAAGAAGCGUAUGAAAUAUAAUCAGGAUGGGUAGAGGCUACAUUGUUGAGGAGUGUGUGGAGAAGUACCUGACUAACCUGUCAGCAGCUGCUGGGUCAUGUGAGACUGGACUUUUUAUCGGCCAGUGUUCAGCACAGAGGGACUUUGUGGUUCUGGCGGUGCGGACGCCUCACAGAGAGACUGAGGGAGCCGCUGAGAGCCAGAGAACGCAGAGCUCACUGGACAACAUUGAUGUGGAGUGGGUUGCUGAGCAUGCCAGACAGGUUUCUCGGAUGCUACCUGGAGGCCUGAGCGUUCUCGGUUUGUUUCUCAUCGCACCACCUGAGGUGUCAAAAGAAGCCCAGAACACGCUGAAAAAGCUUGUCUUUUCUGUGGAUAAAUCCAUAUCCAAAAGCAAGCUGUGGGACCUGUCAGAGGAUGACGUGACUGAGCGCAUCACCCUGCACAUCUGUUCCAAAACAAGGAAAGCUGUCUGCAAAACAUUUGAUGUUAAAGAUCCAAAGUGUUCAGCGAAGCCUGCAGAUUGGAGGUAUCAGAGUGGCAUCUCAUCCUCAUGGCCUCUGAUCACCUGCAGUGUGCAGCUCGACUUGCAGAUCCCUGUCACAUCAGAAAAUGUCGACGAGUCCAUAAAGGACGGACUGAGGGUGUGGGCUAAACAGAUCGAGGCUGCUCUCUGUCUCAUAAACGGCAAAGCUGUGACAGAUGACUCCGAGCUCCUAUCAGGGCCAAAAAAGAGCACGAAGGCGAGCCAGCAGCAGACAGUUCAAGCGCAGCUCCUCAUCUUGACAGAGGACGCAGAUGCAGGCCAGAUGUCCAGCGCUGUAGUGCAGGAGUGCAGCGGCUCGGUAUGUGUGAGAGGAGCAGUUCACUGCAGAGCUUACAUUCACACCAACAAACCUAAAACCAGACACGCUGCACAGGCAAUCAAGAGGGACGUAGUGAACACGGUUUUCAGCCGCGUGGAGAUGCUUCUGGAGGAUCUGCUCAUGAGUGAAGCAGCAGAUCUAGCCUGUGGGCAGCAGGAUCUCCCACGGCGUGUGUUUGCCCCCCUAUCAGGCUCUGGCCUGAGUGUGUGCGACUACAUUUUCCCAGAUGAGAGCACUGCGGAUGUGGCUGAGCGGUUUAAAGAAAUGCUCGGGUGUGACUUAUCAGAGGGGGAUGUGGACACCAGCAUGGAGGCUCAGACAUGUUUCUCUGUUUUGGGAGUGGAAGAUGGAUGUGAGGAAGAAGCUACUCAAGUGCCUACACAAUCCAGCGCUGAAACCGUGCCAAAAAAGAACGCAGCAAUACAAUAUGCAGCAGGCAUGGCGGUGGCAGCUGCAGUCGCCCUCUUGGCCACAGCGACCUCUCUACUCUAUCUUACUGAGUAACAGCGAGACCACAGUUGUUUAUUAAAACUUUAUCAAAAUAAAUUAAUAAACUAUAGAAAAUUACUUUUUCUCUCUUCAAAUGACAUUUUCUGAAUUACAAUUGUAAAUUAUAACUUCUUAUAACUGUCCACAAGAUAAAACAAAAAAAAAGAUCAAACUAAACAAAUAUUAAAACCCGCAUCAACAUAUUACAUUUAUUUAACGAAGUAUGGGACAAAUGUUCCAUUAAUCAUUAAGAUUUUAAUGAUUUUUUUUUUCCACCCUAUUAAAAUUUUCUCACUGACCCAUGAUAGUAUUGAUGCAGUGACUCACUGAUGACUGUAAUACAGGAACCUGUCCAACUGGAGCGGUUUCCAAGCAAUGAGCAGUGUCCUCAUUCUCCUGUUAUGGGUUCCAUCACUAAACACUUCAUUCAUUAAUAAAUUAUGAAUUGUUGUUUUGUCUCAGUGUCGCACACACACAACAUCAAAGACAUGUUGUGCAGUCCUGCAGACAUUCAUGCAUUAUUAUACAUUGUAUUAUUCAUAAAUUUUUGUGAAUUGAAAUCAGUGGUCUUAGGACAUGUAUGUACUGUAAUGUGACUUGCACACUGGCUGGCGAUUUAGUCCCAUUGCAACCAAAGAUGGCUGAUGACAAAUUUUUGGCAGUGCAAGAAAUUUUUGAUUAAAAUCUCAGUGUGAUCACUCCUUUGAUACCAAAAAUCUACAUAAACGUAAAACGUGUUGGACAGUAAGAAUAUCCUUAUUACUCAAAGUUCACUUUUUAUAUUCGUGCUAUGCAAACCCAUUUUCUGCAUGAACCAUGAUCAUGCUGAUUGAUGACAGAACAUAGUAAUUAUAUUAUUCACAGAUCUACCGUUACAGAGUCUUCAUAGUGUAAUCAUGGAGAGCAUGUUAUCACACAGUCUGUUAUUGAAUUCAAGUUUUACACAUGAAUUUCUGUGUGGAAAAAACAAUCAAGUGUUUUGUAAUGAUGUUUUGUUAUAAGAGUUUUUAAAUUUCACACAACCUGAGAUUUUAGGGAGAGUCUGUGCUUUCAGUUUGUGUUAAUUAUUGAGUUGUGUCAAAUUCCUGAAAAUAAAGGAAAACACCCCAAAUUGAAUGCCAGUAAAUCACAGGGUACCAUGUACACUCAUUUACACACCCAUUCACACUUUUUUUUCCUACCCAAUCACCCAACAGCAUGUUUUUAGGAGCUGGGCAGAAACUGUAGGAAAACCAUAUGAACAUUGGGAAGACAUGUGAAACUACUCAUUAACCAGAGUUCAAACUGGGGACCCAAGUGGGAAGUAAUCUAAUGAAAUUGCUAUUUGAUUAUUUAUUAAUGUACUCUGUUUGGCUGCCAUAACAGCAGGCCUCUAUAUAUACAGUAUAGUUAAACAAUUCAUCACGUUCUUAAGCAUAACUUCAGUACUAUAAAUAGAUCAAUAAUCAGUUAUAUAAUGUACAGUAUAUUGACCCAUUCAGUACACAAUAUUGUCAUGGAAAUAUUUCAAAAUAUAUGUGCCCCAAAAUAUCGACAGUGUACAUAGGUAUGUGUAUGAAAGAUCAACCAUUGUGAAGACAAAUGUAAGGUAAACACCCUGUUUACUUCAAUGAAUCGCAGAAUGUUGGCCAAUAGUCUACAAUGAUUCAAUGAUUCUCAAAAUUUGCAAAUCCCUGCCUUCUCUGAAUCCUUUCCAAACACUUCCCAGCAUACUGUUCAACACUACUUCUUUAAAUUUUUCUUGGUAUUUUGUGGUGUAGAAUUACAAGAAUUUUUUUUAUGCUCAAUGUUUUUUUCACUUACUGCUUACUAGGAAUAGUGACAUAUUUUGAUUUCCCACCCAAAGGUUUUCUCGUAACCUGUAUUAUUUUUCAGUCAGCAAUAAUUUCAUAAUAAAAUAAAAUGAGGU